GUGCAAAGUGAGUUUCAGAAAGCUUAUGAGAGUGGGAUAGCUAAGGCAAGGUAUUGGGAACCAACUUAUGAGGACACCUUGAAUUUAAUUGCACGAUUGCCAGCCAUUGCUGCUUAUAUUUAUCGACGGAAAUACAAGGAUGGAAAAAUCAUACCGUUGGAUGAUUCUUUGGAUUAUGGUGCAAACUAUGCUCAUAUGUUAGGGUUUGAUGAUCCAGAAAUGCUGGAGUUCAUGAGGCUUUAUAUUUCCAUCCACAGUGAUCAUGAAGGUGGAAAUGUUAGUUCGCACACAGCUCACCUAGUCGCUAGUCCUCUAUCAGAUCCUUACCUUGCAUUUGCGGCUGCUUUGAAUGGUUUAGCCGGUCCCUUGCAUGGUUUGGCCAAUCAGGUGCAAAGUGAGUUUCAGAAAGCUUAUGAGAGUGGGAUAGCUAAGGCAAGGUAUUGGGAACCAACUUAUGAGGACACCUUGAAUUUAAUUGCACGAUUGCCAGCCAUUGCUGCUUAUAUUUAUCGACGAUUUCUACUAGCAUCUGACUAUUGA